UGUUAUCAGAAAAUCCACCUAGUUUCACCAUUACUGUGACAUCUGAGGCUGGAGAAAAUGAUGAAACUGUCCAGACUACCCUCAAAUUUACAUACAGUGAAAAAUACCCAGAUGAAGCUCCACUUUAUGAAAUAUUCUCCCAGGAAAAUCUAGAAGAUAAUGAUGUCUCAGACAUUUUAAAAUUAUUAGCAUUACAGGCUGAAGAAAAUCUUGGUAUGGUGAUGAUUUUUACUCUAGUGACAGCUGUACAAGAAAAAUUAAAUGAAAUAGUAGAUCAGAUAAAAACUAGAAGAGAAGAAGAGAAGAAACAGAAAGAAAAGGAAGCAGAAGAAGCUGAAAAGCAAUUAUUCCAUGGCACUCCUGUUACGAUUGAAAAUUUCUUAAGCUGGAAGGCCAAGUUUGAUGCAGAACUCUUGGAAAUUAAAAAGAAACGGAUGAAAGAAGAAGAACAAGCAGGAAAAAGCAAAUUAAGUGGGAAGCAGCUGUUUGAAACAGAUCAUAAUCUUGAUACUUCUGAUAUCCAAUUUUUGGAGGAUGCUGGAAACAAUGUGGAGGUAGAUGAGUCUUUGUUCCAGGAAAUGGAUGACUUGGAGCUAGAGGAUGAUGAAGAUGAUCCAGAUUAUAAUCCUGCUGACCCAGAGAGUGACUCAACUGACUAAUGGACUGUCCCAUCUGCAAAGAGGCUCGACUGCCACAGCAUCUGUGGCUAUGCUGAGAGGGUUUUGAUUUGUCUUUUUUUCUAAGAAAAAAUAAUUUUCAGGAGAAUAUUCUUCUGAUAGCUUUCGUCAUUGAACUUAAUAAACUGACCUUAAAAUUUCAAAUA